AUGGUGGUUUUUCUUAACUCCUCUGUGGCUGCCAUUGAUUGCUCUGGCUUUGGAAAUGGAAGCUGCCUUGAAAAUCUCAGGUCAGCAAGUGUUCGAGGAGCCAUGUACAUAUCCCUGAGUGGACUCAUUGUUGUCACUAUCUUUGGGAAUUUGGCAAUCAUCGUUUCCAUUUCGCAUUUCAAGCAGCUGCACUCCCCAACUAAUUUCCUCAUCCUUUCCAUGGCAGUCACUGACUUCCUGCUCGGCUUCCUCAUUAUGCCCUACAGCAUGAUCCGAUCCGUAGAGAACUGCUGGUACUUUGGGAUCACCUUCUGCAAAAUCCACUACAGCUUUGACCUGAUGCUCUGCUUGGUUUCCAUUUUCCACCUCUGCUCCAUUGCUGUCGAUCGCUUCUAUGCCAUCUGUUACCCGCUUCACUAUUCAUUGAAAAUGACUAUCCCUACAAUCAGGCAAUUGAUUGUUGUUUGUUGGUCAGUGCCAGCUUCUUUUGCCUUCGGGGUGGUUUUCUCUGAAGCAUAUGCCUCUGGUAUCGAAGGCUAUGAGCUUUUAGUUGCAUGUUCUAGUUCUUGCCCGGUGAUGUUUAAUAAACUGUGGGGUGUAGUUCUGUUCUCAUUUGGCUUCUUCAUCCCUGGCUCUGUGAUGAUAGGAAUUUAUGCAAAAAUCUUCCAAGUGUCCAAAAAGCACCUGAGGGUCAUGAAGAGCAGAUCUGAAAAUGUGGGUGAGGAAAAACACAAUCAGGUUUCUAAGAGUAAGGACCGGAAAGCGGCUAAGACCUUGAGUAUUGUGAUGGGGGGUUUUCUCUUGUGUUGGCUUCCAUGUUUCUUCACCGUUUUAAUCAACCCUUUUAUAGGGUUUUCCACUCCUGAAGUAUUAUUUGAUGCCUUAACUUGGUUUGCCUACAUCAACUCCACCUGCAAUCCAUUAAUAUAUGGGUUUUUUUAUCCAUGGUUUCAAAAAGCACUUAGGUACAUCCUCAUAGGAAAUAUCUUCCACUCACAGUCCUGCACUGCUAAGCUGUUCCUUGAAAAUCAAUAA